CACAAAAUGAUCCCAGAAUAUGCAAUUUUAAUUUGCCUACUGAAGAAUGUGCUAAAGGAAUUAAUCAUGGGGAUAAUCACAGGGAAAAAUAUUGUUUGGAAGCAUCUACAAAGGCAACAUUAGACCUGCAUCAUACAGUGCAAACUUGGAUGAGGAAGCACAGGCUGGUACCAGUUCACUACAGCACUUAUUGCAUAUAUGCUUUGGCAUGAAGAAUUGAGAAAUAUGAAAUGUAUAGUUCCUGCCAUUCUCAAAGUAUCAUUCUGAAAAUGAUCUUUAAUGCAGAGAAGUAUCUUCUAGGUUUAUUUUAUGCAUAAUGAUACUUGCGGUUAGUUGGCAUUCAGUCUGUUUUGUUAGGUAAAGAAAACUGUGGAUGUUUACCAGUUUGAAGAAUUUGUAUAUUCAUGUUUGCAUAUUUCUUAGUGUAAUGAAAACCAUAUCUCUCAGAUCUCACGUUAAUAUUGCAGUUAUAUGUUAAUGCAUAUUAAAAGUUCUGGUAGCUUUUGGUAAUUUUGAAACUCAAAAAAUAUGGUUUGUAAGAGUAUUUAUAUUUUUUGUUGAAUUUGAUGAUAUGAGACAUUUUAAAUUCCAUUUACUCCAUUUGUGUUUAGAAUUGUUAAAAGAAAAGAAUAUUAAAGGUUUGGGUUUAUGAAAUGUAUAAUUAAACCACACAGUCUUAGAGUUACUAUGCUUAGCACUCAUCCAUUAAGAUGAUAAUAUCCACUAUUAAUAUUUAAAUGAUCAUGUCUCUGCCUUCCUCUUUUGUCAAAGCAUGAAUUUAAGCAUUCUUACCCUGUGAAUUACCUUGUGAAUCUUGCUGUACACCUUCGAGCCUCUGGUUUAUGAAGACUGUUUUUGGCAUUGAUUUGGAAAGCGCAUUACAGGGUCAAAGGAGUAGAUCAGAACCAAGUUUAGAAAUAAAAACGAAGAGCAUGCGCGCUCAGUUGCUUCAGUCGUGUCUGACUCUUUCCAGUCCCGUGGGCUAUGGUCAUUCAGGCUCCUCUGUCCAUGAGAUUCUCCAGGCAAGAAUAUUGGAAUGUGUUUCCAUGCCUUCCUCCAGGAGAUCUUCCCGACCUGGAGAUCAAACCCGCUUCUCCUUCAUCUCCUGCACUGCAGUUCAUUCAGCCCCUAAAGAAAUAACAGUGUCUAAGGGACAAGAAGAGAAACCUGAUAGCCUAGUUAAAUAUUUCAGUGUUGUUUGGUGUAAAGCUUCAAAGAAAAAACACAAAAAGUGGGAAGGUGAUGCUGUUCUUAUUGUAAAAGGAAAGUCAUUUACCUUAAAGGAUUUGGAAGGCAAAGACAUUGGAAGAGGCACUGGAUAUAAAUUGAAAGAGCUUGAAAAGAUUGAAGAGGGUCAAACAAUGAUGAUUGGUGGAAAAGAAAUAGAAGUCAUGGGUAUCAUCUCUCCAGAUGAUUUCAACAGUGGAAGAUGUUUUCAGUUUGGAGGAGGAUGUUCUGCUGUCUUAAGUUCUCAAGCUGCCAAGAAGUGUUUCUCUAACCCUUUCAAAAGUGUCUGUAAACUCAGUUCAAAGGAAAAUAAACAGAACAGUUUCCAAAACUGCAAACCACGCCAUGACCCAUAUGCACCAAAUUCCCUUGUUAUGCUCCGACCAGAUAAGAAUCACCAGUGGCUGUUCAAUAAGACCUGUUUUCCUGUUGUGGAUGUAGUGAUAGAUCCUCACCUUGUAUAUUACCUUCGACCACAUCAGAAAGAAGGGGUCAUAUUCCUUUAUGAAUGUGUGAUGGGAAUGAGGGUGAAUGGCAGAUGUGGAGCUAUUCUUGCUGAUGAAAUGGGUUUAGGGAAAACACUGCAAUGUAUUUCGCUUAUCUGGACCCUACAGUGUCAGGGACCCUACGGAGGCAAGCCAAUAAUAAAGAAGACACUUAUUGUCACACCUGGAAGCUUGGUGAAUAAUUGGAGGAAAGAAUUCCAAAAAUGGCUAGGAAUUGAAAGAAUCAAGAUAUUUACUGUUGAUCAGGACCACAAAGUAGAAGAAUUCACCAAAUCUCCAUUUUAUUCUGUUCUUAUCAUCAGUUAUGAAAUGUUACUUCGGUCCCUGGAUCAAAUUAAGACUGUAAAAUUUGAUCUUCUAAUUUGUGAUGAAGGGCAUCGUUUGAAGAACAGUGCCAUUAAGACAACUACAGCCCUCAUUAGCCUCUCUUGUGAGAAAAGGAUAAUUUUAACUGGUACUCCAGUUCAGAAUGAUCUCCAAGAAUUUUUUACAUUAAUUGAUUUUGUAAAUCCAGGAAUAUUAGGCUCUUUGUCAGCUUAUAGAAAAAUAUAUGAAGAACCCAUUAUUAUAUCAAGACAACCUUCUGCUUCUGAGGAAGAAAGGAAGUUAGGAGAGCAAAGAGCAGCUGAACUUACUUGCCUCACUGGACUCUUCAUCCUUAGAAGAACCCAAGAAGUCAUAAAUAAAUAUCUCCCUCCUAAAAUAGAGAAUGUAGUCUUUUGCCGACCAGGAGCCCUACAGAUUGAACUUUAUAGAAAACUGUUAAAUUCUCAGGCCGUCAGAUUCUGUCUUCAAGGAUUGUUGGAAAAUACUUCUCACCUAAUAUGUAUUGGAGCUCUUAAAAAACUUUGCAAUCACCCCUGCCUUUUGUUUGGCUCAAUAAAGGAAAAAGAAAGCAACUCAACUUGGGAUGAGAGUGAAGAAAGAAAUCUCUAUGAAGGCUUGAUGAAUGUGUUCCCUGCUGAUUACAACCCGAUCAUGUUUACUGAGGAAGAGUCUGGAAAACUGCAGGUGCUGUCAAAGCUCUUAGCCGUUAUCCGCGAACUUCGUCCUGCUGAAAAAGUUGUGUUGGUAUCCAACUAUACACGAACCUUGGAUAUUUUACAAGAAGUCUGCAAGCGUCAUGGAUAUACUUAUACAAGACUUGAUGGACAGACCCCAAUCUCUCAAAGGCAGAAAAUUGUUGAUGGCUUUAAUAGUAAAUACUCUUCUGAUUUUAUUUUUUUGUUAAGUUCAAAAGCUGGUGGUGUGGGGCUUAACCUUAUUGGAGGAUCUCACUUAAUCCUCUAUGACAUUGAUUGGAAUCCAGCUACUGAUAUCCAGGCAAUGUCUAGAGUGUGGAGAGAUGGUCAGAAGCACCCUGUACAUAUUUACAGACUCCUAACCACAGGCACAAUAGAGGAAAAGAUCUAUCAAAGACAGAUCAGUAAGCAAGGUCUUUCUGGGGCAGUUGUAGACCUAUCCAAGACAUCUGAUCAUAUUCAGUUUUCAGUGGAAGAACUUAAAAAUUUGUUCACAUUGCAUGAAAGUUCACAUUGCAUUACUCAUGACCUGCUUGACUGUGAAUGUACAGGAGAAAAUCAUACAGGUGAUUCAUUGGAAAAAUUCCCUGUGUCUAGAAGUUGUCAGCUUGGUCCACAUCACCAGAAGUCUGACUCCCUGAAACCUCUCUCCAUGUCACAGCUGAAACAGUGGAAACAUUUUCCUGGAGAUCAUUUAAAUCUUACAGAUCCUUUUCUUGAAAGAAUAAGAGAAAAUGUAUCAUUCUUUUUUCAAAAUAUAACCAAUCAAACUGUUGCUAUAUAAUGAAAUAUUACUUUAUGACAUUGUUUUGCUCCCCCCUUUAAAAAGUUAAUCUAGUAAGUAAAUGUACUUUUGGAAAACAAACAGAAUUAUUUUAAUUAUAAUAAUGUAUUUUGUUGCACACUAUAUUAUAGUUUUGAUACGGUAGUCAAAACUGACUUGUUUAAUGUUUUGUAUAUGUUCCUAAAUAUUGACACAUUAAAGACAUACUUCUGUCAUCCUAUAAUUGUUUAUCAAUAAUUCCAUAAUUUGUGCGCUUUUAUUAAGUGCUUUCUAAGGAAUUUUCAUAGGGAAUAUUAAAAGGUGAAACACCCAGUUCCUUGUCUUUGGGAAAGCUAAAUCGAUUAGGAGUUGUAGCCAUAGAUGUGGUAGACAAUUGAAAGCUUUGCUAAGUUUAAACUGUAGCUCAAAGGAGAGGGAGGGUGAGAGACUAAGAUAGCAGAUGCUGAGAUGUGAUGUGGUAGUUACUGCAGGGCAGUUUGGGUGAGAAUGGUGUGUAGCUUGUGGCAGGAUGCGGAGGAGCACUGGAUGCUUCAAAGCACUGGUUUCUAAUCUGGGACCUCUGACUCCUAGGGGACUGACACGUGGUCUGUAAAACCAUGUCCACCAAGCAUUGUAUAUACACUGGACCAUGGUUCAGCUACCAUCAUGUCGAAGGUUUGUGAGGUAAUUGUUGCCAUUAAUGUACAAAACAAGCUUUACAAGACUGAAGUCUGCAAAGAGAAAGGAAUUACUCAUUUAAUUCCAGUUAGGGCUCCUGUAAUCAGCUUUUGAUUCUUUUUAGGGAAAUUUCUUUUAGACUGAAUAUGGUCUUAAGAUUUUGAGUAAAGACUCAUUAUCAUCAAAUCUGAGUUCUUUAGCUCUGUAGUGCCAUGCCUGGGUAUUUAUGGGCUUCCUUAGUAGCUCAGAUGGUGAAGAAUCUGCUUGCAAUGCAGGAGACCCCGGUUCGAUUCCUGGAUCGGGAAGAUCCCCUGGAGAAGGGAUAGGCUACCCACUCCCAAUAUUCUUGGCUUCCCUGGUGGCUCAGAUGGUAAAGAAUCCAAUUGCAAUGUGGGAGACCUGGGUUUGAUCAGUGGGUUGGGAAGAUCCCUUAGAGAAGGGAAAGGCUACCCACUCCAGUAUUAUUGCCUGGAGAGUCCCCGUGGACAGAGAAGUCUGGCAGGCUACAGUCCAUGGGAUCACAAAGAGUCGGACACGACUGAGUGACUAGACACGGCACGCAUAUGCACGCCUGGACAUUUGUACAUCUGUGACUCAAACUGGCAUUUUGGGGACCAAGUUUGUCAGAAAGGGAGUAAUCAACUAAUAAAAAGCAAAAAUGGCAUUUCUGGACUCUUGUGUAUAGGCUUCUUAUGUGAGGCUUAACAUAUAAAACUGUCUUCAAAUGUAUCUUGUAUCACAUUAUUCUCAGGUAUAAAAUCUUUUUUACU